GGCGGCGCCAGACGCGACCCCAGGCUGGCAGGGGGAGUGGCCCAUUGCAAAUGCAAUCGGCCAGGGCGUGCUCGCAGGCACGCUAGAGCCUCCGGAUGGGCAGGCUUUGUCCCCUGCUAAGGACAGUGCUGCUGCGGGGGCUGAAGGGAGCGUGACUUUGUCAUUCCCGUCCUGGGUCUCCAGCCGCAGGAAGGAGGCUAAUUACCAGCUGGGGAUUUGUCAACUCAGCCCAGGCCUGUUGGGAGCCAGGGAGACGGGCUGCAGUUGUUGCUGCCAGUGUCUGAACUUUACCCACCACCAGCAGCCUACCCUUCUGGCUGAAAGGAUGGCUGUAGCAGAUCAGGCAUUUGUGACCCUUGGUAUGGAUGAUGUUUAUUGCCAAGGAGCUCUGGUUCUUGGACAGUCCUUGAGGAAUCAUAUGACAUCUAGAAAGCUGGCUAUAUUAAUUACACCACAGGUCUCCAGUGUGAUGAGGGCUGUCCUCUGCAGUGUGUUUGAUGAAGUGAUUGAAGUGGAUGCAAUUGACAGUGCUGACUCCAUGCACUUGGCUCUGCUGGAAAGGCCAGAGCUGGGUGUAACCUUCACCAAACUUCACUGUUGGACUCUCACUCAGUAUAGCAAAUGUGUCUUUAUGGAUGCAGACACCUUGGUGUUAUGUAACAUUGAUGAACUGUUUGAACGGGAAGAGCUUUCUGCAGCUCCUGAUUCUGGCUGGCCAGAUUGCUUUAAUAGUGGCGUAUUUGUCUUUCGACCUUCUGUAGAAACUUACAACCGUCUGCUGCAGUUUGCUACUGAACAUGGCAGCUUUGAUGGUGGUGAUCAAGGCUUAUUAAAUAGUUUCUUCAGUAACUGGGCAACAACAGAUAUUGGCAAACAUUUACCAUUUAUCUACAACUUAAGCACUAGUGCUAUCUACACAUAUGUUCCUGCUUUCAAACAUUUUGGCAGGGAUGCAAAGGUAGUUCAUUUUUUGGGGUCAGCAAAGCCCUGGCACUACAAGUACAACUCUCAAACAAGAACAAUUACGCAGGAUGGCUCCACCUCAGGAUCUCAGCAUCAGUACUCAUUUCUUGUACUCUGGUGGAAGAUAUACUAUGCUAGCAUAUUGCCUUUGCUAGAAACACUUCCAGAGAUGGAAGACAUGGAAUCCCAAGGACAAAAGCACAUUUUCAAUGGAGAGGAAAUUAAACUGAAAAAUGAGAAUCCUCUUGUUAUCAAUUCUCUGCAAAUCCCUGUGUUUCCAGAACAGACAUCUGAAAUGGACAUCACUACUUGCCCACCUGAAGAGUUUGAUACUAAAACUCCACCUGUACCUCAAGUUGAACAAUACAGUUCUGAAGUCAGUCUCCCUGAGCCAGACCAGCCAUUAGAAGAGCUUACCUUCCAUCCUGCCCCUCAGCAAACCCUGAAACUGGAUGAGACUACCCAUCUUAUUUCUGAGCUGUCCACUCAGCUGGAACUGGAAGAGCCAAAUGCAGAAGAAGAACGGAAGAAGUGGGAGGAAGGCCGUAUGGACUACAUGGGGAAGGAUGCUUUUGAACAUAUUAAAAAGAAAUUGGAUACAUUUUUAAAGUAGACUUAAUUGUAAUGCAAUUUAUUGACCAGGCACUGUUUGCAUUUGUGGUGCAUAUGCAACCCCUGGGCUGUUUUUGUUAUCUUCCUUUUGAUAUUGAAGUUAAAAUGGACCACCUCUAUUUUAAGAAAAAAAUUGCAAACAUAGCACCACUAAUUUUUUAAGUCUGGUGUGUGCCUCAUAUUGCUUGUUGACCUAUAGUGCCUCAUGAAAUAGUAGUGCAGAAAUUGUGAAUCUCCACUUGACAUCCCUGCAUUAAGGAAAAAUUCCUAUAGUAUUCUGCAGUAAUAUCAGUUCUAAUAUUUUGGAUAACAUUAAACUUCCAGAGGAUCCUUAGAUUAAUGUAGAGGAUUUCCAUUUUUAGAAAAUGCUGCAAAACCUUUUUUUUAUGAAAGCUUUUCUACUGGAACCAAAAUGACAUUCACAUUACCAACCAUUAUACAUAAGCUGACAAAGGGGAAAAGCCAGUGGAGGAAACCCUGGCUCCACUGAAAUCAAAACUCCCAUUGACUUCAAUGGGGCUAGGCCUUCACCUGGAUACUCCAAGAAAUCCACUGGCUCUUCUACUUUAGGUGGACGGUGCUCAGGUACAAAGCUAGUGGGCAACAGUACAACUCUAAAAUAGAUGGUAAUGGUGUAACUAGGUUUUUUUUGAUCAUUGCAAUAAACUGCUACAGGAUUUUUAUGUGUUACCUUAAUCUGUAAAUUCAGGGUUUCUCAUGUUUUAUUAUGUAUUUUAUUAGCUAAAUGGUUGUGAGAGAAAAAAACGCUGCAUAGGCCUUCAUAACUAACAGUUGUUCUGCCUCAUUCUGGUGCUUUUAAAUGAAUUUGUUUACCAAUGCUCCAAACUGCAUUUCACAAAGGCACUAAAUCCAUUAGAUGGUACUUAACUAUAUUGCAGGCAGUUUGGGUGCAUCUGAGACAGGUAACUGAUACUUAUUUAAUAAAACAGCUGUUUAUUAGAUAUAAACUAAGAGCCUAUUUCCAGAAACCAAUAGUUACUGUCAGUGGGACUGUGCUGUAUUAACUAUACUUGUGAGGGUACUGCUUUGCAGAUUUGGGCGUUUAGAUUUAACUUUAAUCACGUUGUUAAAUAAAAAUAAAUACAUUUCAGAAGACUGAGAGACUUGACAGAUUUUUCUAAUUUGGUAACUCUUGCAUUUCAGCUUGAAACUUCAGCUCUGGUAAUACCAGAGAGAGAAAUUAGAGUUAUACAACAGUUGAUGCAGGACUUCUUUAAACAUUUUGGGUCCUAUUGUGUCACCAGUUUUCAAGUUGCAGAACUAUCUAAUGAAAUCAUUUGGGAACUCUGCUUAAAAAAAAAAAAUCAGUGGCAAAAUAUAUCGCUCCUUGGUAAGAGGAAUGUACACAUGAUUCUACUGAGGGAAAAAAAAGAUAGUUCCUCCCCUUUACCCCCCCCCCCCCCCAAAAAAAGCACAAAUUAAUCCACUAGGAAAGUAGCAAGAGAUCCAAAAGGAUGGAAGAAAGAAAACAUUGUAAACCUCUUUUUUUUUUUUUUUUAAUGUGUCUGUUAGGAAUUAUUUUCACUUUCAUGAGUCUGUCUAGCUCCACUUUUACCCAGCUUGUCUCUUAUUUACUCUUACUGAAGUGAUUUGGAUGUUUAAGACAAUUCUCAGUUUUAUGAGGAAUAUUGCCAAUGUGAGCUAAACAGUUUGAAGAUUGUUUAAAUCAGGGGUUGGCAACCUCUGGCACACGGCUCACCAGGAUAAGCACCCUUGCGGGCCGGGCCAGUUUGUUUACCUGCCGCAUUGGCAGGUUCGGCCGAUCGUGGCUCCUACUUGCCGUGGUUCAUUGCUCCAGGCCAAUGGGUGCUGCGGGAAGCGGCGUGGGUCGAGGGAUGUGCUGGCUAUGGCUUCCUGCCAUCCCCAUUGGCCUGCAGCAGUGAACCGUGGCCAGGUAAACAAACUGGCCUGGCCCUCCAGGGUGCUUAUCCUGGCGAGCCGUGUGCCAGAGAUUGCCGACCCCUGGUUUAAAUUGAAAGACUUUUUUUUUUUUUAAAAUGUGAACUCAUGUUUUGUGCAGCUACAUUUUGUGCAGUUACUACUACAUUUUACUGGGCACAUUCAUUAGGUUACAGGGGAAAUUACUGACUUAAAGGGAAAAUCAGUAAUUCUAAAAUAUUUUUAGAGUAGGUUUAUUACUGUUAAGUAUUAAAGUGAAAGGAGGGAUCAGGGAGCUAGGAUGUGAAUUUGCACCCUGUGAUGGCCAUGCAGUAUUUUUCCAAGAAAACUAGAUUAAUAGGCAUGUCUGAUGUACCACAAUACAAUGUACUUAAUGAGAAAUUCAUCUUUAAUAUUUAGAAUGAAACUUUGUCAUUUUUUCUGGCUGGAGUGUAGAAAGGAUUUGGUCCAGUUGUUGAUGUUUUUUCCCCCAACCUGUUGGAACAUUGGGGAGGAUGAGCUCAGGAAGGAUAGUGCACAGGGAAGAAAUUUGAGUCACUGGCGCUUGGCCUCUUUAGACUAGUUGUGUUCUUUUGAAACAUGUAAGACAUGAUUUUCAAAAGUGCUCCUACAUGCUUAAAUAGGACAGGAAUAGCUGAAUAGUUGCUUUUGAAAAUCACACCCACAUUGUCCUAAUGCACCUGGCAGUGGCAAAUUCUGCUCAUGUUAGGUUAACGGUUCAAAGCAAUUUCUGUGGUUACAUACCAGCUAUAGAGGAGGGAUGAGGUGAUGUUGAUCUGGGAACCAAAUAUUCAAUGGCAGACUGCAACUAUUGUGAAUUUGAAAGAGGCCAGACACACAUCCAUGAGGUGAGAGUUGAACAAUAUCUUUUUAGAGCAAGUUUGACUGUGGGAAUGUAGUGUGAAUUUAUUUUGUAGCUGCGGUCUGAAUCUCCACCAAGUCUUGUGAAUUUUAACCUGUCUAUAACACUGAGGUUUGUUAGGCUCUGCUUAUUAUAUUAACAACUUCAUGAUAUUUUGUAUAGUCACUUGUUACCAAUGUUGCUGAAGUUCUACACUGCCAUCUAAACAAGGAUCAGGGCUCAUAGCCGUAAGUGCAGAAUCAAACAGUGAAACUUACCACAGAGCAGAAGGCUCACCCAGGUCUCUACAUAUCACUUAAGUUCCUAAUGUGUUUAAGGGAUGAAUAGGUCUUUGCAGUAAGGUGAAUGUCACAAAGAGAAAUCAGAAAGGGAAAAAGGCUUGAAAUAAUCAUGUCCAUCACAUGGCUGGUGCAAGAUUACAGUUCAAAUUUCCAUUGUGGCUGGGGAGUAUCAUUCUUUAAUGACUAGUUACUUUUAAAUAUGUUUAUUAAAUUGGUACUCUGGUGUCAGCGGUAUCUGGUGAACAGUAUUUGCAAACAUAAGCCAUGUUUGUCUGCUUAGUGAUAGCUAGUAGGAAUAAAGUUUUUUCAAUCACUACUCAUGGACUAAUUGCAUUUCCACUCAUUGUUUUGACUUACAUUUUCAUUUUAUAGAAAAAAGUGUUUCCCUUUUGUUUUUUUUCCCCCACGAUGACAUGACUGAAUACAUUCUUUUCACAUGAGAAUGUUGUUUAGUUUCAAGUUGUCAUCUCAUUUUGUUUUGAGGAAAACUCGAGAGAGUGAUUAUUUGUUAGAGCUGAGUACACUGUGAAUUUUCAAAGUGUGUGUUGAAAUAUAGUUCAGUGUCUAUCUUAGUGGGAAUCUAUCACUUUAUUGAUUCGCCUCAGCGGGGUGUCUGCUUUGAUGAUGUGGGAGAUUCAAGUAGGAUUUUUCUGCAAGAGGCAUUGGUGUAGUCACAGAGUAAACUUCAAGAAUGGAUUUUCCACUGAAUAACAGAUCUUUUCUCAAUGUCAUUUAGGAAGGGCUGUAUAUACCUACCACUUGUCUCUGCUGGACAUAUUGUAAUAAUGACAAGGAUAUAGAGGUAAAUGACUGGCAUAAAGAGCUCCUGCUGUCCAAUCUACUACAUCAAGAAUGGAUGAGCAAUUAAUGGGGUUUUGAAAGGCUAUAUUAAAAUAAAGCUCUCAAGGGGCUACUGGGAGAGCGUCCCUCUUUCACUUAAAGGGGACAUCUUUAUUUAAUUAAAACCUGCUCGUGUGUGUCUCACCUCACAUGUUUAAGAUCAAAAGAAUUAAUCCCAGCUAGAAUCAGAGUAAUUCUCACUUGCAGUGUAACCAUCAAUUGGGUGGCUUAGUAAUUAG